AUGGAGGGGAUACAGUUGAUGGAUUUUUCGCAGGAACUAUCAAUGCCUGUUGAAAGUCUAUUGCAGCCAGGGUUUUUCGAUACUUGGUGGUUGGACGCUGGCGACACGGAAAAUGGACAAGACAGUAUUACAAAUUUUAUGUCAGCGGCGCCUGCUUCGGCGCCAGCUACUGUCUCGGAGAGUGAUUCAGCGAUUGACCUGAUCUCACCGCAGAUCUUGAUGCCCAAGCAUCAAGAUAUACGCAAUAUGACAGUGCCACCGACCCCUGGACUUUCGUUGUUGGAGCAAUUGCAUAUGGAUCAGCCUUUAAUGGGGGUAAUUUCUAAUAAGCAUAAGAGGGGAUAUUACAGGUGUACACAUUGUCCAGAGACGUUUUCGAAUAUAUUUGAGUAUGCGUCGCACAUGGACGAAUUUGAUAUUCGGCGAGAGUUCAAAUGCCCUUUUCCAUUGUGUCCAUGGAAGAUCUUGGGAUUGCCACGGAGGCCGGACCUCCGUAGGCAUUGUGCGAUCCAGCACAAGGACCAUCUGCCGGCGGAUUUGAAAGAAAUGUUGAAUCUAAAGGAUGAAACGUACCCUACCCUUAAAUGCCCACAUCAAUACUGCGAUAAAAUAUUCCACAGGAAGGAUGCUUAUAACAGACAUAUUGCGAUAGUCCAUGAGAAGAUUGGAUCGAGAUUUAACAAGAGGAUGUUUCAGAUUUUAGCUGAUUGUCCAUUCGAUAAGGAGUCGGAUAGGAACAGGUACGUUAACACGAGGAUGAAAAGCAGAAGACAUAGUAUUGCGAUUGCUGGCAUCCGCUGA